GCUUUCUGGCGCUUAGCUCCCGGAGAGCUACAGCGGCUCGGAGGACCAGAUGUGCAAGGCUUCGUGGUCAGCUACUGGCGCGGCAAGCAAACGUUGUCACUGGCCCGGUCGAUGGCCUUCGGGCUGGGCAUCUGCACCGAUGUGAUCCGCCAACCAGAGGUCGAUGAAGAAGCUCUGCAGGCAGAGGCUGCACCUGCAGUCACUGAGAUGGAGCCUAUGACUUUGCCACUGCGGCUGGGAUCGCCGAGCCUUUUCCCACAGGCCCUUAUCGGUCCCUGGGUUCGUGGCCUGACGGUGCUCCACGUGCGCGAGGGCUUCAUCUGUGAGGAGCUGGAUCAAACCUUUCCCUUGCAGGUCUUUCCGGAGAUUAUCUAUCCUCCAUGGGGCGAAUGGGUUCUCAAUGUCUCCCGCAGCUCUCCACUCGUUCUCGAGUGGGCACAGCAAAUCGACGCUGGAGGAAUUCGCUCAAACCGAGUCAUCCGCUGGAUUCGCCCCUGGCUGCUGCAAGGGCGGCUCUACGUAGACUCGGCAGGAAGCGCUGACGUGAAUGGCUCCUACAUCCCGGACUUCACUGGCACCUCCUUAAGGUAUGCCAAGGUGGAGCCCGGGAGGCAACUCGUAGAGCUCCGACACAUGAACGAGCAAUGGGCCUUCGUCUCGGUCGGUGAGGGUCCUGAGGAGAUCUUCUACACUGCCCCUGCCGAGCAGCUCCUUGGCCAGUGGGAUGACGACCGCCAGCCUCACAGGGGCUCCGGUGUGAUGCCCGCACCCCGGCUCAGCUUUUGGCAGGAUGCCUCCGCAGACCUUAUUGAAGUGGCAGCAAAGGAGCUACCUUGGAAUGUUCGCCCUCGCUGCCUCUGCCGACUGCCGUCCGACGCCGCUUCCAUGACCAUCACAGAGGGCCUGGCAGAUCACUUCGCAGGCGAUGCUGUGAUUUUCGUUGAUGCGACCGACUCGGUCUCACAGAUCGCCCCACGGCUUGGAGCGCGCGGGCCUGCCACCUGGACUGUGAACAUCGCACUCUCGGACGUGGAGAAGCCGAACCAACCCAGCGGUGUGGAGGGCAAGGAAGAUCUUCUGGGCUCCCUGCGUCAGGCCAUAGAAGCUCUCCGCGGCAAGGGUGUGAGCACCCUUGCCGUCGGCAGCCGGGGUGGCCACGGAGACAGCGAGGCGCUCGCAAGUGCAAGUCUCGGCGCUUUGCUGGACGUGUGCGGCGAGGCCGCGCCGGCGGAGCGGAGCAAGAAAGCGGAGAAGGAGCAGAAGCCCAUCGAGCUUCACUUCCUGGUGGAAGGCCCUCCGACUGAGAUUCUCCGCUGCCGCGAUGCGGUUGAAAAGGCCAUUGCCAAGCGCAGUGAUGCCGGGUUCAUCAACGCCAUGAGGGACGCAGGGCAGGCCGAGGGGCCGGCCUGGCUCUCCGAGGCCUUGCUGUCGCAGCUGAAGGGCAAGAAGGGCGGCAGCAGCACAUCUGGCUGGAGGAAGCAGUUGUCGGAAGACGGCGCCAUGCGGGGCAUCAUGGCAUCACAGUUCCUGAAGUUGGCAGACGUGGUGAAGCAGGUUCUGGAGAAGGAGGAGAUCGUCGACUCGGGACACUUCGCUGCCAACCCGGACUCCCCCCUUCGCUGGCUGGAUGUGAACAUGUAUCACAUCUGCCAGCAUUUCAUCCUUCCUCUGACUCGUCGGGAGAGUUGUUCCUACGUGGAACUCGUGGCGUCGGAUCUGCAACCACCCGAAUGGAUGGUGUCUCAUGCGUGGAGCACCAAUUUCGCAGCCACCACCUCGAUGCUUUCAUCGCAUGCGCGAUCCCGCAAUAAACCUGACGAUGGCUCAGACCGGCAACAGGCCUGGAUGCAAACGUCCUACUGGUGCUGUACACUGGCAAACAACCAGCAUGACCUGUCUGCUCUGCGUGAAGCAGACUUGAUGAAGACACCAUUUGCCCGCGUGCUGCUGAGCCCCAAUUGCUGUGGCACCGCCUUGCUUUGCGACUCUGCAGUGACACCACUGAGAAGGGUCUGGUGCGUGUUCGAGGCCCACCUCACGCAGCAUCUGCGAUCUGGCCAGGCCAACCUCAGCAACAAGGGGAGUCACUUUCUGGACUUGGUCGCCAUCGACAUGACGCAGACGACUGCAUUCGACCCCGAUGCAGUCGCCAUUCUGCAGGACGGAGUCAGCGGCUGGAAUGAGAUCUCGAAAGGGCUGGCGCACUUUCCGCUGGAGGUGGUCCAUGUCGGCACGACGGUGGACAUUCGGCAGGCCGAAGCCUCCAUGCAGAGCGACCGGCACGCCAUCAUGAAUCACAUCGCCUUUGGGAAGGGAUGCCGAGAUCCACCCCCGGCAGACCACGCAAACUACGACAAGCUGAACAGGUUCGUCCAUAGCGCGUUCGCUUCUGCAGAGCUUUAUCGUUUGGCCUGCGAUCGUCCAGAAGGAUGUGUGGAGAGGGCUCGCGAGUUGCUGGAGCUGGGUGCAGACCCGAACUGCUUCGUCCGCGAGGGCAACACCGCGAUCUUAGCUUUAGUGGGUGCGGACCCGACUCAGCCGAACCCAGCCGACCUACCGCUGCUGCAGCGGAUGCUGUCACUGCUUGUAGCCAGCGGCGCUCGCAUCAACCAUGUGAACUCGCACAUGCAAACUGCCUUGGACCACGUGCAGCAGGCAGCUGGUGACAGCGCAGCACUCACCGAGUACCUGAAGCAGCAUGGUGCCCUAUCGUUCGAAGACUCUGCACCUGCAGCCGAGGAGCUAUGGAACGAAAGAGUCCGGGAGGUCCUGUUCCGUGGAGGUUUCGGUGCACCCACCGACGCACCAAGCGGAGCCGGCGCGAAGUUGCCCCCGCAGGCUUUUGGCGGCUCCGGGGGCGGCGGUUCCGGAGCGAAGCUCCUCGGUCGAGCGGAGCAAAGUCUCCGAGAGGCCGCGGCAUUCUUAAAGAUCUACCCAGAAUCUACCUGUUACAUCGAGACGCCCUCUGGUGCUCAUGACAAGCAUAACUUGCGCGGAAAGGUGGUGCAGACCACGCUCCAGGGGGCAGGUGCGACGAACCCAUUCGAGCUCCGCUGCUCGGGGACCUACCAUCCCCGGGGCUCCAUCCCGUUGCUGCGCCUAAAGUUGGCGCUGGUGAAGGUCGAUGCUAAGAAGGAAGCUCCGUCAUCGUCGAAGAGCG